AUGGAGCACCUAAAGAAUGGAAUCCUUGUGCAUCAAAAAAUAUACAUAGAAAAGGUGCUAAAAAGGUUCUCUUUAGAUCAUGCACGUCCGCUGAGUAGUCCAAUGGUUGUAAGAUCACUAGAUGUGGAUAAAGACCCAUUCCGCCAUCGGGAAAACGAUGAAGAAAUCAUUGGUCCUGAAGUACCAUACUUAAGUGCAAUAGGGGCAUUGAUGAACCUUGCUAGUCAUACGAGACCUGCCAUAUCAUUUUCUGUGAAUUUGUUAGCAAGGUUUAGCUCAUGUCCAACUCGAAGGCAUUGGAAUGGGAUAAAACAUUUGCAAGCUACUUCUUCUAACCAUGCAGAAAUUUUAGCUAUCCACGAAGCUAGUCAUGAAUGUGUAUGGUUAAGGUAUGUAAUUCAACAUAUACGAGAAGAUUAUGGUCUAUCCACAGGGAAAGAAGCUCCAACAGUUAUGUAUGAGGAUAAUACAACAUGCAUUGCACAACUCAAGGAUGGAUACAUCAAAGGCGAUAAAACAAAACACAUUUUACCAAAAUUCUUUUUCACCCAUGAGCUGCAGAAGAAUGGUGAUGUACAGGUUCUACAGAAUCGUUCAAGUGAAAAUUUGACAGACUUGUUUACGAAGGCGAUUCCAACUGCUACUUUUAAGAAACUAGUUUACUAUAUUGGAUUGCGUCGUCUGAAAGAUCUUAAGUUAUGUAAUCAUGAGGGGGAGUAG